UAUUUUCAGACAUUCUUUAAGAAAAAGAAGAAAAAGAAGGGAAAAAUUCAAAGGAUUGCCAUCCAAAUAAUAUAUUCAACAUGCCUUACAAAAGAUCUCUGAACCCAAAUGCAGAAAGACGUAGAAGACAACAGGCGAAAAAGAAUUUAACGUCACCGCAAAGGCAGGAGAGAUUGUCCAACUACCGAAGGAACCGGCAAACUCGCAGAUAUGAAGAAAACAAUACCCUACUUCCUUCUACAUCCCUGCAAGGAGAAGACAUACAACAGCUAUCAACAUCAGAGCCGAUACAAGAGCAACAGCCAUCUACAUCAGAGCCGAUACAAGAGCAACAGCCAUCUACAUCAGAGCCGAUACAACAGCAACAGCCAUCUACAUCAGAGCCGAUUCAACAGCAACAGCCAUCUACAUCAGAGCCGAUACAACAGCAACAGCCAUCUACAUCUGCUUAUCACCUUUCAUCGGAGAGAAUUAGAGAAGAAAUUAAUAGAAGACGUUCUCAGGACAAAUUAGCAGUAAGUUAUUGUUGUGCAUGGAUUUUACAUAAUGACAAUGAAGUACAAACGGUAUUUGUUGGCUACAUGAAUAUUACCUGUAUUCACUGUAGCGCAAAGUUAUUUCCAUUGGAAGUAGUUAGUGGGUCUUCAAAUAUUUGCUGUCACAAGGGAAAAGUUACUUUGCCUGAGGUGACUGUUUGCGACGAACUUAGAAAUUUAAUUGAGGCAAAUAAUGAAAACACAAAAAAUUAUUUAAAUAACGUUCGACAAUAUAACAACGCACUUGCAUUUGCUUCAAUUCAAGUAAAUUAUGUAAAUUUACCUGGGAGAGGGCCAUUUUGCUUUAAAAUACAUGGCAAAAUAUAUCACUUGGCGGGCAGUUUACAAUGCUCCGUAGGGCAAACACCAUCUUAUGCAGGCCUUUUUAUUAUAGAUGCAGAACAGGCUUUAGAGCAACGUUUAUAUCAUGAAGCCAACAAAGACUGCAACAUUGAUAUAAUGAGAACUUUGCAGUCCAUGUUAGAACGUCAUAACCCUUAUGCUCAGAUGUUCAAAUUUAUGAAGGAUUCCGUUGAGGUUUCGACUGAUUUUCAGUUAACGUUUUCAACUGUCAAUGCAUUCGAUCCAAGGCGAUACAAUACUCCUCGAUCUAACGAAAUAGCAGCCAUAUUUACGAGCACUGAUGGGGCCCCUCCAGGAAAAUUUGACUUUGUCAUAUAUUCGAAGUCUUCAGGUUCACUGACCAAAAUAUCGAAUCUUAAUCCCCACUGUGAUCCUAUGUGCUAUCCAAUGCUAUUUCCAUGUGGGGAUAGUGGAUGGAGACCAGGUAUACACCAUGUAAACAUUCAUAAAACCCCCGUGAGAAAUGUUACAACUCAGUUGCAAUACUACUGUUACAGACUUUCAGUAAGAGGAGAUUUUAAUCUAAUACAUGCAUCAGGCAAGUUAUUCCAACAAUACGUAGUGGACAGUUUUGUCAAGGUGGAAGGUUCACGUAUUGCUUAUAUUAAAUCACAUCAAAAAGAACUGCGAGCAGAGAACUACAAAGGUUUGAUAGACUUCAUGAAUAGCGAUGCACAUCAAACAGGUGCUUUGGUUGGAAUCCCGGUAGUACUUCCAUCUACGUUUUUGGGGAGUCCUCGAAACAUGUUGCAAAAUUUUCAAGACGCUAUGACUAUUGUAACUCGCUUUGGUAAACCAGACAUUUUUCUAACAUUUACAUGUAACCCAAACUGGGUAGAAAUCAAAUCAGAGCUAAAACCAUAUGAAAAAAUUGAAAAUAGACCAGACUUAAUAACAAGAGUUUUUCAUUUAAAGCUCAAGUUAUUGCUUGAUGAUUUAUUUAAAGGGAAUGUUCUUGGUGUUGUUACGGCAUAUGUUUAUGUAAUCGAGUUUCAGAAGAGAGGUUUGCCCCAUGCUCAUGUUCUUUUUAUGGUCAGAGAUGAAGACAAAUUACGUGACAAGGAACGCAUAGAUGCAGUUGUUUCCUCCGAAAUUCCCGACUCGCAAAAAAAUCCACGGUUGUUCAAUAUUGUAAUGCAAUGUAUGGUUCAUGGACCAUGUGGAGUUUUAAAUAUGAAUAGUCCUUGCAUGCGUGAUGGUCAAUGUAGCAAAGGAUAUCCAAAAUCAUUUGCCAAUGAAACAAACAUGAAUGUAAAUGGGUACCCAAUUUACCGCAGAAGAGAUAAUGGACGGUCAGUUUUAGUUGGUUCUCAUGAAGUUGAUAAUCGCUGGAUUGUGCCUUAUAAUGCUUUUUUAACACUUAAAUAUCAAGCACAUAUCAAUGUAGAGAUAUGUUCAUCUGUUAGAUCGGUAAAAUAUCUCUAUAAAUACAUUUACAAAGGCCAUGAUUGUGCGUCUGUGCGUUUGCGAACUGAUAGGGAAGGGCAACAACAACUUUCUUUAAAUGAGCCUGAUCUGUUCUUAAACUGCCGUUACGUAAGUCCCCCAGAAGCGAUGUGGCGUCUUCACGAACGAUCUUUGUUCGAUCGAUCUCACACUAUCCAAAGACUACCGGUCCACUUACCCAACGAACAAAUGAUUUAUUUUGGGCCGGGACAAGAACUCCCAGUAAAUUUGAAUAGAGAAACCAAGCUUACAGCUUUUUUCAAAUUAUGCCAAUAUGACGAGACUGCUCGGGAAUAUUUUUAUCAACAAAUACCAGAGCACUACACUUGGGGAAACAGCAUGUGGAAAACGCGUCAAAGAUUUUCAAAAGCCAUAGGGAGAAUAUUCACGGUAAGUCCCAACGAUCGUGAAAGGUAUUUUCUGCGUCUGCUUCUUCUUCAUGUCAAGGGACCGCAGAGUUACGAAAACAUAAGGACAGUUGAUGGGACACUCUGUGAAACAUAUCAAGAAGCCGCAGAAAAAUUACACUUACUGGAAAAUGAUCGAGAGUGGACUCUAUGCUUGCAAGAGGCAGUAAAUAUGCAAAUGCCUUUCCAGUUACGUCAACUAUUUGCGAUAAUUUGUCUGUUUUGCUCACCAAGCAAUGUUUUACAGCUGUGGAUAACUUUUGAGCAAUUUUUGACCGAAGAUUUUUCCAAAAAAUAUAAUGCCGAAUCAAGUACUAAUCGAGCUUUGGGUGAACUGGAACUUAUAUUUCGGCAACAUGGAAGAACAUUGGAACAAUUUGGUUUACCAACACCAACUCAAAGAGUAGAACAAGAAGCAGAAGAUACCUACAACAUCGUAGAAGAAAGCGCUGUGGGUCAACUCUCUUAUGAUAAGCUCAACGUAGAGCAACGUGAAAUCGUAGAUGAAAUUUUGAUUGAUUUGCAAAGUGGGAAAGGACAUUCGUACUUUAUCGAUGGGCCAGGAGGAACCGGAAAAACAUUUCUAUACCGCACGUUGUGCUCUAUUUUACGUGGUGAGGGAAAGGUCGUUUUAUGUGUUGCCUGGACUGGAAUUGCAGCGAGUUUAUUGGAGGGUGGUCGAACCUGCCAUUCACUAUUUAAAUUGCCGGUUCCAAUUUUAGAAACCUCUGUAUCGAGCAUCCGAAGUUAUUCCAAACAAGCUGACAUUAUCCGUCAAGCUUCAUUAAUUAUUUGGGAUGAAAUCUCUAUGGUUCCUAAGGAUGCUUUACAUGUGGUUGACCGUCUGCUGAGAGAAAUAUUUAAUAAAAACGACCUUUUUGGUGGAAAGACCAUUCUCUUUGGUGGGGAUUUCAGGCAAGUUCUUCCGGUUGUAAGACACGGCAACAGAACUUCUAUUGUUGAGACCAACGUAAAGCAGUCCCCUUUGUGGUCCCAAAUUCAUAAAAGAAAACUUAAGAAGAAUAUGAGAGCAAAUGAGGAUCAAAUUUUCUGCAAGUGGUUACUACAAUUAGGAGACGGAGAUCUUCAAUUUCAAACGGACGUGUCUCCAGAAGCAGUCAAAAUUCCUAAAAGCAUUUACGUAAAUGAAAAUGAAUUUGUAUAUAAAAUUUUUAACACUAGCAUUAUUAACCAACAUAACGUAAUGAAUUUCGUCGAUCGGGCUAUUUUAUGUCCAAAAAAUGACGAUUGCGAUAAAAUCAAUAAUUUCAUAGUGAACAAUAUAGUCGAAGGCGAACCAAAAACGUAUUUUAGCAAUGACUCACUGAUUUCCGAGGAUCAAGCCGAUGAACAACUUUAUACCGUUGAAUUUUUGAACAGCAUAAGUCAUUCUGGCCUUCCACCUCACGAACUGGUAUUAAAAAAGAACACAACAAUAAUGCUAAUAAGGAAUCUUAACGCUCGGGAAGGCUUAAUAAAUGGGGCAAGGAUGGUUAUCACUCGAUUGGGUGAAUUCACUUUAACAGCGAGACUAUUAAAUAACCAAAAAACGGUACUAAUUCCUAGAAUAUCUUUAACUCCUUCUGAUGCUACGAUGCCGUUCAGUAUGAUCAGGAAACAGUUUCCUGUCAAAAUUUCCUAUGCAAUGACCAUCAACAAAUCGCAAGGUCAAACGCUUCAAAGGGCGGGAUUAUACUUGCCCAAUCCUGUUUUUUGCCAUGGGCAACUUUAUGUAGCUUUUUCGAGGGUUCAGUCAUUUUCCAAUAUUUGUGUAUGGUUGAAGGAAACAGAGAAGCAAAUUGUUAAAGAUGACUGCAUAAUAACUUCAAAUAUCGUAUUUAAAGAAGUUCUAUAAAUUAUGAAAAUUAUGAAAUGAAAACAAGUCCAAAUAAAUUUCAAUUAUUUAUUAUAAUGAAAAUGAUGAAUGUAAUAAGUGAACCUUUACAUUAAUAAGAAAUUUUUAAAAUAUCUUUUAUUAAAAAUAACAUAUCUGAAACAAAACAAUCAAUUAC